CGCUCCUCGAUCCCCUCGCCACGAAAAUGGUGGCGCACCACUCAUCCGCUUGUCGGACAUUGCCAUGUAUGAUGGUACAGGCAUACGCGUGUCUCGGUGGCUGCAGUCUGCCACCCGCACACUCCAGCUCAUGGGCGCCACACCCAAGACGUGGGUGGGUCACCUCUCCACGCGCCUGCGUGGCGGUCCUUUCGAGGCCUGGGAGGAUUUCUAUGCCUACUCCCUUCGUGAGGGUCGGACUCCGACCUUCGUGGAUUUCCAGGCGUUCCUCGAGGAUCGGUUCGGAGCCCGAUACGACGUGACUGACGCCUUCGAGCGUGUCGUCACUACACGCUGGUCCGGCUCUGGUGGCGCUACCGGCCUGGAUCGCCACAUCCAGGUCUUUCAGGACGCCCGCCUCGUUUGCGACGUGGCGUUCCUCCCCGAGGCUGCCCUUAUCGAUCGUUUCUUAUCCAGCCUUUCGCUCGAGUACCGCUCCGAGCUAUGGCGGUACGAGUUCACAUCGGCCCCACAGGCUUACGAGGCCGCCAGGGACCACCAGCGGAUGCUAGCCCGUCCUCACCCCGCCUCCUCCUCCCAGCCCCAGCGCACGGGCUACGCCUCCUCCUCCUCUUACGACACUUCCCAGCGUCGUUCCCCUUUCCGCGGKCGCCCCCGCCGUUCCACGCAGCAGGGCCGCCACUUCUCGCGUCGCUUCGGUGCGCUGGAGUAUGCGGAUGGAACUCUCCGUCUCUGCAUCGACUAUCGCGGUCUCAACCGCUACACGGUUAAGAACAACUACCCCAUUCCUCGUUCCGAUGAGCUGUUCGACCGCCUAGCAGGCAAUCGCUUCUUUACGAAGAUUGAUCUUCGUAGCGGUUACCAUCAGAUCCGCGUCGCUGCAGCCGACCAGCCGAAGACUGCGUUCCGAUCACGCUUUGGCUACUACGAGUUUACGGUGAUGCCAUUCGGCCUCACCAAUGCACCCGCCACCUUCCAGAAGGCGAUGAACAACAUCUUCAAGGACAUCCUGGAGCAGUACGUUCUCGUCUAUCUCGAUGAUAUCCUGGUCUACAGUCGUACCCUUGAGGAGCACCUCAGACACCUCCGCGACGUCCUUGACCGCUUGCGCAGACAUGGCUUCUACGCCAAGCUGAGCAAGUGCCGCUUUGCCCAGCACAAAGUGGAUUUCUUAGGACACUACGUGUCUGACCAGGGUCUCCACAUGGACGACGCGAAGAUCACUGCUAUUGCGGAGUGGCCCACCCCCACAUCCGCCAAGCAGCUGCGCAGCUUCCUAGGCCGGACCAGCUACUAUAGUAACUUCAUCCGGGGAUACGCUAGGUAUUCCUACGUCCUUACCUCCACCCUCCUCCGGAAGAACCCACCCUGGGCUUGGACACCCCUCCACAAGGGUGCCUUCCGCGCCCUCAAGAAGGCGGUGACAUGCACACCAGUUCUUCACCUACCCGAUUUUGACCGCCCUUUUAUCCUUACCACCGAUGCGUCAGACUUCGCUGUAGGAGCAGUGUUUUCUCAGGUCUUCCCCUCCUCUCCUGAUUCCUCUCAUCCUCGUAUCCCUCACUUCCCACCACCUAUCCCUACCACUGCGUCCCGACUGACGCCUACUCGUCCAGCUACUGACGAGCCUUCUAUUGACUAUUCUCCUACCAUCACCGAGGACGGCACUGUCGAGUCUGGCUCCGGUGAUUGUCCGAUAGCCUUCUACUCCCGUCAGCUCCUGCCCGCCAAGAUAAACUAUACCGCUGAUGAACGUGAGGUUCUCGCAGUAGUUUAUGUCGCUCGACACUGGCGUCACUACCUGCACGGGGCACCGUUCACGGUGUGUACAUACAACUCUGUUGUCCAGGCUUUUCUGGCAAAACCGAAGCUCACUUCUCGACAGGCUCGCUGGUGGCGCGACCUAUCCGAGUUUAGUUUCACCACUGAGCACAUCAAGGAGUGUCCGACCUGUCAGGAGGUGAACAGUGCGAACCACUUGCCUUAUGGUUUGCUCCAGCCUCUUCCUAUCCCUGAGGGUCGUUGGCAGUCUAUCUCGAUGGACUUUAUCGGUCCUCUUCGUCCUCCGACCCCUCGCGGUCAUGAUGCUAUCCUGGUCGUCGUCGACCGCUUCACGAAGCGUGCACGCUUUGUUCCGUGCCGCUAUGCCAUCAGUGCACGUGAGGUCGCCGACAUCCUGUUCGACCAAGUCGUGCGUGACCACGGCUUACCUCUGAGCAUCAUAUCUGACCGUGACCCGUGCUUUACCAGCCGAUUCUGGCGACGGCUCCACGAGGUAUACGGCACUCAGCUCCGCUUCUCCUCGUCUUACCAUCCUCAGACUGAUGGUCAGACCGAGAUCACGAACAGGACUCUCGGAGAUAUUCUUCGAAAGAUUGUUCGUGACGACCAGCAGUGGGAUCUUCAUCUUGCCCACGCAGAGAUAGCCUACAACCACGCCGUCUCGCCAGCCACGGGGAUGUCGCCUUAUUAUUGCGACCUCGGCUAUCACCCUCGUGUUCCCGCGGAUUUCCUUGGACCGUCCCAGAUGCACCCUGACACGAGUUGUCCCGCGCUGGAUGAUUGGGUGGCACACGUGACGUCGAUUAUGACGACCGCACAUGAGCACAUAGCCGUUUCCCAGACUCGCCUGACAGCACGUGCGAACCGAUCGAGAAUGGAUCAUCCAUUCAAAGUCGGUGAUGAUGUGCUUAUCGAUGCCCGCCACUUACAGCUCGAAGCGGACACGCUUCGCAGGUUUCGACGUCGCUUCUUUGGCCCAUGCCGCAUCCUCCAGGCCGUCGGUUCUGAUACGGCAUCUAGCCCGGUCAGCUUUCGUGUGAAGUUGCCCAACUACCUACGCCAGACUCAUGUGCAUGAUGUCUACCACGUCUCGUUACUGUGUCCUUAUCGCAGACCGUCUGAGCGUUUCGCUGGACGACCAUACGAGCACCCUCCACCCAUCAUGGUGGACGGUCACGAGGAGUUCCUCGUUUCAGACAUCAUUGGUCGCCGAGUCACCGACGACAACCGUCCCCACGUCGAGUAUCUCGUACGUUGGAAGGCUUACCCUGAUGAGGAGGCUACCUGGGAGCCCCUCGAGCACUUGCAGCACGCUCGCAUGUUGGUGCGUGUCUAUAACCGUGCUCGUCGUGCUGGGUUCACUGCUCCUCCUCAGCCCACUUACCCUCCUCCUUCUCCUCCGGCUGAGGAGACCGCUGAAGUCGAGCCUGCUCCAUCUGAGGCAGACCUUCAGCAGCAGCCGGAUGCUUCUGAGCGUCCACAGCGCACUCGUCGUCGUCCUGCUCGAUAUGAUGAUUGACUUACCUUCCCACGUCUUUGACUUCUCAGCACUCCAUCCACAUCAGUUUUGCUACUUCAGCUC